AUGGCUGCUGCUGCGACCCUUGGAAGCAUGGGGGCGUUUUUCGGCGGUUAUCCUUUCCAAGUCGAUCUGACGGGCUCGCCUACAGGCCAAGGCCGUGUCAACCAACUGGGCGGAGUGUUCAUCAACGGACGCCCGCUGCCGAAUCACAUCCGACUGAAAAUCGUGGAAAUGGCCGCCGCCGGGAUCCGCCCGUGUGUCAUCUCGCGACAGCUCCGAGUGUCGCACGGUUGUGUGUCCAAGAUACUGAAUCGGUACCAGGAAACCGGGUCCAUCCGACCGGGAGUGAUAGGCGGGUCCAAGCCGCGGGUGUCGACGCCCGAAGUCGAGGACAUGAUCGAAAAGUACCGCCAGGAGAAUCCCGGCAUCUUUUCCUGGGAAAUCCGGGAGAAACUCAUCAAGGAGGGGAUUUGCGACAGCGCGUCGGCGCCGAGCAUUAGUUCCAUCAGCCGCCUGCUGCGAGAGUCCAGCAGUGAAAGCAAGAAGAGUCCUGGAGACCACUCCAUACACAGCAUCCUGGGUGAGUUUUCAUUAUUCAAACAAUACCUAUCUGAUUCUGUUCCGGUUCAGGACAAAAUUAACCGAAGCCCGAGUCCAAGUGUGGUUCAGCAAUCGCCGAGCCCGACUGAGGAAUAUACGGAAAGUGAACCUGGCUUGACUCUGAAACGAAAGCAACGGAGGAGCAGAACAACAUUUUCCGCCGAACAAUUGGAGGAACUGGAGAAGUACUUUCAAAGAACCCAAUACCCAGAUGUUUACACGAGGGAAGAACUGGCUCAAAAGACAAAAUUAACCGAAGCCCGAGUCCAAGUGUGGUUCAGCAAUCGCCGAGCCCGACUGAGGAAACACCUGAACGUGCAGCAGCAACAGGCCGUCGCUGCCGCCACAAUGCUGUCGGCGGCAGCGUCGGCGUCACCGGCUAUCGCCGCCGCCGCGGCGUCCCAGCACUGCUCCCCUGGCAUGGGCCCCUCCGCCGCCGCUUUCCAGAGCCAGUUCACGGCUGGACUCACGGCCAUGCAGGCCAGUCACCACGCUGCCGCCGCCGCCGGGGCGGACUAUUCAUCUGCUGGCCUCAUGACCGGUGAGUCGAAUGACCCCUUUUUUUCUGACCUCAUCUGUAGUAAGUACAGAGGAGCAAUGGGAUGGGCUCAAGGAGCACAGGGGGGAUCCGCAGGAUAUCCGGGCUUGACUUCCUAUUCCCAUCACCAGUUCCAGCAUCAGCCCCAACAAGCCGCCGAAUUGACGCCGGCGCCGCCACAGAUGGAUAAACACGUGCCUGCGACGACGUCCUCGUCGACCAUCAACAGUGCCAAUGGAAGUUCAAACGCGACGCGAUCGCUGGAAACCGCAGGCAAAACAGCGGGCUCCAAGACCGAGCAAGAGUCCCAACAGCAACAACAACAACAGCAGCAGCAACAACAACAACAACACGGCCUCGUUCCGAGUGUGUCAUUGGCAAACAGUGUCGUUGAUCCGACAGUCAACACGAUGACCGCCUUGUCAGCUGCUGCU